AACUGCAGCCAUGCGGAAGUGGAUUUAUUACCUGCCCUUGGUCUUAGUCUUGUUCUCUUUAGCAUUGGCCUCUCGUCAAUACUAUUAUGUAGCUGACCCCAAGACAUGGACUGAAGCCCAGACCUACUGCAGAGAGAACUACGCAGACCUGGCCACCAUCCGCGACAAAGACGAGAUGCAGAGCUUGAACAAACUCAGCUCAAGCCACAACAUCAACAGCGGCAGAGCGUGGAUUGGCCUACACAAUCAGCAUGAGAACUGCGGUGACGUUGGGAUGUGGCCUGAAAACUGCAGUUCAUUGUGUGUGGUUUGGUAUUCUGGGUCAUGGUGGGGGGUGCCUUGCCAGAAGACCUUCCCCUUCUUCUGCAGCACUGGCCCUCAAAGCCCAUCUCAUAGUUUUGUCCUGAUUGAGAAGAAGACGUGGAUGGAUGCCCAGAGUCACUGCCAAGUGGCCACAGCGGAGGGCCUGAAUGCCGAAGGUCUCCUAGUGAACAGGACGGACAAGGCAAUCUGGGUCAAUCUGCAGGGGAGGAACUGGACGUGGUCAGACGGGGACGAGCCCUCUUUCACCAACUGGCAUCGCAAUUGGCCGAAGGCAUCUGUGACGUGUGCCGCCGUGUUCCAGAACCCUGGUGGACAGGGUGAGUGGGAGCCACAGGACUGCACCGAGAGAUCCCCCUUCUUCUGCUACAUGACACCGAAGAUGCAGAUGGUGAAGGUGGAGAUUCGGGUGGACUCCUCGCGGGUGGACCCGAGUGAUGAAGAGUUUCAGACCGUGUUCCUCAAUCAGAUCAAAGAGAAACUGCAGAAGAUGGGGCUGCCAGCAGACGCCACUCUGAGAUGGAGUGAGGAACCUGAUGGACAGAUAUUCCACAAGAAGAAUUAGAAUGAAGGAAAUCAGAUGAGGAGGAGCAAAGAUUAGUACAGUACGUGUUCAUGUACAGUACAUGUUAGCUGUACUGAUACUGAUACCUGUUGUUAGGCACUUUUAAUUUAAUAAGACGAGAAGGCAUUAAAUUAGUUAUUUCUGUUUGAUGAUUGAUUGAUUGAUUGAUUGAUUGAUUGACUAGGGAAGUUUUUGCACAAAAUUAAGGCACUGCAUGAAUGAUUUAUGUUUGAUGAUGUACAGGAUUGGUUGAUUAGUUGAUCGGUUAAUUGGUUGGUUGGUUGGUUGAUUGAUUGAUUCAUUCAUUCAUUCAUUUAUUGGUUGAUUGAUUGGUUGAUUGAUUAUAUUUGUCUUAAUUGGGUUAGAAUGGGUAUUAUAUAGUGCAAGUGUCAGCAGAUGUUAGGAAGCGAUCAAGAAAAGAAAAAAAAUGUUGAAUGAGAUCAGAUUGAAAUAUUAGCUGCAAACCUAAAUAAUGAGGCGUUUUUUACAUUUUAAAAAAGAUAAAGAAUGUAUAGACUUGUUUAGAUUGAAGGAC